UUUUGUGUGGUUGUUGUCCGUGUCCUCGCCGCGUCAGCCACACUUCCAUCACCCAUCCUCCGUCCUCAUCACCGCAUCGCUCCGACAUGGCUCCCGUCGAUCCCAACGAAGCCGGCCCCUCGGACAAAGGCAAGGCAAAGUUCAACUGGAAGAACGGCCCGCCGAGCUGCAAGGAGUGUGUCCGCCUGAAACUCAAAUGUUCACGUUCGUGGCCAUGCACAAGCUGCGUGCGGCGCGGAUGCGCCAAUAUAUGUCCUGCGGGCACCAUGCCUGGCCGCACGACCAAGGACCAGGCCAUGGUCGCCAAGCUGCAGAAGGAGAAUGACGCAUUGCGCAAGCAGAUCGAGCGUCUGCAGGCGCAGCGAUCGGAGCAGGGAUAUGACUGGGGAGGAAGCCCACCCCAUGCAGGUCAAGCUGCCCGAGAAGCGAGCCGAUCGCGCGAAUACACGCCGUUCUCCGCCGUGUCUGAGUCUGCUGGGCGCGUCCCCAACGGGCAGCGCGACGACAACUAUCUCGACACAGCAUCACGCCCGGGGCCUGGUGUGUUGGAGGAAGGCCGCGAAGGUCAGAAGUACCUUGGUCGCGGGGCUGGGACUUUGUUUGUCUGUGAAGAUGACGAGUCCAGCCACCCCACACUUGUCUUCCCGUUCAUGGCUAGCGACCGCGCUGUGCUGGCGGGUGUUCACGAGCUCUUUCCUCCCGCUGAGCAAGCGUAUGAGCUGCUGAAUGUUUACGAUGAUCAGGUCGAGUGGAUGUACCGGCCAGCCGACAGGCCAGCUGUGAGCGCGGUGCUCGAGUCCAUCUACAGUGCGCCGUCCUUGAGAGAGCAAAUUCACCACGUCCCACCACAUCGGCUUGCCUCAGUGCUGAUGGUGUUCGCGUUGGGACUGUCAUUCUCUGGGCGGCCAAUGACGCAGACGAUCCCACUCUUCAACGCCGCGAGUGCCCUCCUCUGCGUCUCUGAACGUCACUUCAUGGUGCGACAUUCGCUUGCCAGCGUCGAGACGCUCCACAUGAUGGUCUCGUAUCUAUUUGGGCUGCCACAUUCGGAUGGUCCGAAGGCAGCCUGGCAGAUCCUGGGCUUGUGCGUCCGCACAGCUGGCAGUAUCGGCCUACAUCGGGAUAGCGCCCAAUGGGGGCUGUCGGCUGAACAGCAAGCACUGAGGGCACGCUUGUGGUGGGAGUGUGUCACCUACGACAUCCUCCAGUGCCUCAACUUCGGUCGGCCGUAUUCCGCGCCCCGUCAACUGUAUGAUGCCCCGAUGCCUGAAAUGCCGCCAGACGGCGGCGUGACCCCACACGACUCGGUCUUUCACGUCUUCAAAUACCGCUUGGCGCAGGCUUUUGUGCAUAUCGCAGACUACCUUGCCAACUCGGAGCUGCCCGACUACUCAACGGUGAUGCGCAUUGACGCUGAGUUGCGUCGGGUAGAGGCGGGCGCUCCUGCAUGGCUCAAGUGGUCAGACUUUGGCGAGGACGGUACUACCAGCAGCAAGCUGAGCACAAAGCACUGUAUUCAGCAGCACUCGGCGACCAUGUUCUUCAACAAGGGAUUGCUGAUGCUCCAUCGACCAUCGUUCUUCAAGGCUGUGUCAGCAGGCACAGAACCUCUGUUGGGUCAGUACGCGGCAUCCUUCACAACAUGCGUAACGUCGGCACGCAAGCACACGCGUCUCAUUGCGUCGCUACUCAAAAAGUGCCCUCAGGCGGCUUACGGGUGGUGGUACUGGGUUUUCCAUGCGUACACAGCCGCGGUGAUUCAGUACACCGUGUUGAGAAGGGUGCCGGAGAGCAUGAUGGCCGACGACGUGCGGGCCGACUUCCAGGCGUCUCACGACAUCAUCGAGCAGAUGGCCGAGCACUCGGGUGUCGCACGCCGCGCCCUGCCGAUGCUGGAGCAGCUGUACCGCCGAAUCCAGCAGUCCCAACCGAAACAGACGUCGUCCGCAACACCGGAUGCGCCGACCGAGACGUCGUCCACCCUCGACCCGACAUUAGACUCAUUGUUGACGUCGAAUAAUUUCUUCGAUCCUGCACAGUACACGGCAGCGGCGCCAGCGACGAUGGACGGGCUCCUCGGCUUCGAGUAUCCCGUGUCGAGUGGUCCCGAGCCGCUCGCCGACCCGUUGAUCCAAACACUCUUGUAUUGGAACGUGAUUGCCAACAACGAGCAGCAGAGUCCGGCUUACGGGGGUCCGUCGCACGCCCCACAGCUGUGAGGGGGGAGGAGUACAACAGUGUCGGAGUGGAAAGGCCAUCGUUAGGUUGCAGUUGUACGUUAUGCUACGAUCUGGUGAUUGAUCGGAUGUCGUUGAGUACUGCGUUUAACAC